CUGGGUAACCAUAACCAGUAAACGGCGCGUUAUCUCUAUAUAAACACGCUGCUUCGCUAGGUCAUGGGCAACAUUCAUCAUUGGUUCCAUCGAUCCAAUAAUACUCUCUCGAUCUCCCCUUCUUUCCAAAUUAAAACAGCUAGUAUAGCCGAGAACUGAGAGAUAUCCAGCUCGCCAGCUGCUAUGGCAAUGACGCCGGACACAGACAGUAACAACAAGGUGGCUAAGCCAUCCGCCGGCGAUGACACUGAGAUCCCAAGCAAGGACUACCUGAACCCUCCUCCGACGCCGCUGUUCGACGGCAGCGAGCUGGGGAAAUGGUCGCUGUACCGCGCCGUCAUCGCCGAGUUCACCGCCACGCUGCUCUUCGUCUACGUCACCGUGGCCACCGUCAUCGGCCACAAGCGGCAGCAGCAGCAGCCGGACACCGCCGGCGCCGGCGUGGGCCUGCUGGGCAUCGCGUGGGCCUUCGGGGGUUCCAUCGCCGUCCUCGUCUACUGCACGGCGGGGAUCUCGGGGGGCCACAUCAACCCGGCGGUCACAUUCGGCCUGCUACUGGCCCGCAAGGUCAGCCUCCCGCGGGCCGGGCUCUACAUGCUGGCCCAGUGCCUGGGCGCCAUCUGUGGGGCUGGCCUCGUCAGGACCGUCAACGGCGGCGACGCCUAUCUAAAACACGGCGGAGGAGCCAACGAGGUCGCCGACGGGUACUCUAACGCGGCCGGGUUCGUGGCCGAGGUUGUGGGAACUUUCGUGCUGGUCUACACGGUGUUCUCGGCCACGGACCCGAAGAGGAUGGCGAGGGACUCGCAUAUCUCCGUGCUGGCGCCGCUGCUCAUCGGGUUCUCGGUCUUCGUCGUGCACCUGGCAACGAUCCCCGUGACGGGAACCAGCAUCAACCCGGCCAGGAGCUUUGGGCCUGCCGUGGUGUAUAAUGGGGAGAAGGCGUGGGCCGACUUGUGGAUCUUCUGGGUCGGGCCGUUCACCGGCGCCGCCGUGGCCAUGGUUUACCACCAGUUUGUGCUCAGGAACACCGUCUCCGUCUUCUUCCACCGCUCCGACUACGCCGCUGCAGUCUAGAUCUAUCGUAUCCACAGCCAACCCGGCCGCCGUCCGUCCAAACGCGUACGUACGUACUAGCUAGUAUAGUGUUGCUGAGUUGAGACGGGUGGAUUUUUAGUUACUUUUAAGCUAGCAAAGCUCCGUUCUGUAUCGAGAUCGAUCGAUCCCUGGCAGCUUCGUGCUGUUAAAAUCGAACGUUUAUAUGUUGUUUGCAUGUACACGUACGUAUUGCUUAUUGUUGCAUCUAUCGAUCCAAUGUAUCCAUAAUAAUAAUAAUCAGUUGUGUAGUCAGGUUUUCCAGAA